AUGAGUGACAGUCUUACUAUAAAUUAUGAAUACACUGCAGAUCAUAUCAACGAUUAUGUUCAAGCAGAAACCUUUUUUCAUCUGUUUGAUGUCGAAGACAUUCCAAAGAUAUUGAAAAAUUUAAAAUUCUCAGCGAAUGACUUCGUCACUCUUAUUAUGCAAUCACACAAUACAAUUACAUCAAGCGAAUUAUAUAUUUGUACAAGAAAAGCUAACGUUUCUGUUAAAAACUUGGAUGAAGUCAUCUCAACAUUGAAAUCUGUCAAAACGUACAUGAAACUCGGAGUUCUCAAUGGAAUUGUUGAUUUUUUAGAUAACACAGAGAAGGAAAUAUCCGAUACUACAGAAAAGAUUCAAAAACUACAAGAAGAAUUAAUUGAAGCUAAAAAAAUAAAAGUGACAUCGAUACCCUAG